CCUUAUCGAAACGAAAAAUAAAUCGGUUUUAUACAAUUAAAGCGAAUUAAAAGGUCAUGGGUAACAACAUAGACACCGGAAACUUUGGCCACCUGGGAAUCACGACGGCAGAGAUGGAGUCCCUAGCUAGCUUCUGCGAAGCUGUCUUGCCUCCAGUGUCGCCGCCUGAAGAAUAUUCCGGCGGAGAUGAUCACUACCGGAACAAAGAGACACUCCGAUCAUUUUUCUUUACUUCUGGGUCUCGUACUCCUGUUGUUCGCGAGAGCAUUGAGUUGAUCACUAAACGAGGGACAGUAGAAACUUACCUUGUAACGAGACUGGUUCUGUUCUUGCUUGCUACUCGGCUAGGGACGUUACUCAUUUGUGGAACCGAAUGUUUGGUCUCGAGAUGGCCUUUCGUCGAGAAAUUCAGUGAGCUCUCGUUGGAGAAGAGGGAAAGAGUACUUCAGAAACAAUUCAGAAACUGGCUUUUAACUCCUAUUAGAGCUGCCUUUGUCUACAUCAAAGUCGCCUUCCUCUUCUGUUUCUUCUCCCGGGUGAGUCCAAAUGGCGAAAACCUUGCAUGGGAAGCCAUAGGUUACAACGUGAACACCAAUGAGAAUAAACCUUCUGAAACACAUAAAGAAAGACCUCUUGAAAAAGGGAUGGUGGAGACCAUGCAAGAAACAGAGCAAACUCUCGUCGAAUCACUUGCUCAAAAGGGCCUAGAAGCGGAAACAGACCACGAUACGAUCAGAAUCAAAUGCGACGCUGUCGUGGUCGGAUCUGGUUCAGGAGGAGGCGUGGCUGCUUCUGUUCUAGCAAAAGCUGGUAUGAAAGUAGUUGUUAUGGAGAAAGGAAGCUACUAUACGCCGUCUACUUAUCCUUCUACCGAAGGUCCUGGCAUGAACAAACUGUAUGAAAAUGGAGGGAUCCUCCCAACCAUUGAUGGGAACAUGAUGGUGCUCGCUGGUGCAACCGUAGGCGGUGGAUCUGCUGUUAACUGGUCUGCGUGUAUAAAAACGCCGAAGUCGGUUCUUCAAGAAUGGUCGGAGGAUCGAAAGAUCCCUCUUUACGCCACCAAAGAAUAUGUUUCAGCUAUGGAACUAGUGUGGAAGCGGAUAGGCGUCACGGAGACAUGUGAACUGGAGGGUUUUCAAAACCAGGUUCUUAGGAAAGGUUGUGAAAAUCUUGGGAUCAAUGUCGAAAACGUUGCACGUAACUCCUCGGAGAGGCAUUAUUGUGGGUCGUGCGGGUAUGGAUGCAGACAAGGAGACAAGAAAGGAAGCGACCGGACUUGGCUUGUAGACGCCGUGAGUCACGGAGCUGUUAUUUUAACGGGGUGUAAAGCGGAGAGAUUUAUACUUGAAAAGAACGGUAAUAACGUAGGACGCAAGAAAAUGAAAUGCUUAGGAGUGAUGGCGAAAUCUUUAAACGGAAACAUAGCGAAGAAAAUAAAGAUCGAAGCUAGAGUAACGGUUUCAGCGGCUGGUUCACUUUUAACACCUCCGUUGAUGAUCAAAAGCGGGUUGAAAAACCGACACAUUGGUAAAAACCUUCACCUACACCCUGUCCUAAUGACGUGGGGUUACUUCCCGAACAAGGAAUCUUCCAGUUUCAACUUCAAGGGAAGGUCUUACGAAGGCGGGAUUAUAACAUCAAUGAGCAAAGUGUUGUCAGAAGAUUCAGAAGUUAGAGCCAUCAUUGAGACACCUGCACUAGGACCAGCCUCAUUCUCGGUGCUAUGUCCUUGGAUCUCAGGGCUUGACAUGAAGAAGAGAAUGUCAAGAUACUCAAGAACCGCGAAUCUCAUAACGAUAGUUAGAGAUCGCGGUUCAGGAGAGGUGAGAACCGAAGGCAGGAUAAGCUACGUUGUUGAUAAAAUAGAUAGAGAGAAUAUCACAGCCGGGCUUAGACAGUCGUUGAGGAUACUCAUAGCAGCUGGAGCAGAGGAAGUGGGAACUCAUAGAAGCGACGGGCAGAAACUGAUAUGCAAAGGGGUUGAUGAGAAGUUGAUCGAGGAGUUUUUGGACUCGGUGAGUGCAGAGGAAGGGCCAAAGGCGAUGACCGAGAAUUGGAGUGUGUAUAGCUCAGCUCAUCAGAUGGGAAGCUGUAGAAUUGGAGUGGAUGAAGAUGAAGGAGCGAUAGAUCUUGAUGGAGAGAGUUGGGAAGCUGAUAAGUUGUUUGUGUGCGAUGGAAGCGUGUUGCCUAGUGCGGUUGGUGUUAAUCCUAUGAUUACAAUUAUGUCUACGGCUUAUUGUAUCUCCACGAGAAUUGUUAAGAGCAUCAAUGAACUUUGAGGAGGAUCAUAAUUUUAAUUUUUUAUUAUUUUUUUUUGUUU